CAACUCUGAGGAACUGUGUGCGCAGGUUUUAGCAGGUCCAAAGAGACGCCAGUAGCUUGAGGGACAUUGAAUGACUUUGUACCCGUGCGUUCCCGUAUAGAGAGUUGUCUAUCUGACAGGUCUGGAUUUGUAUCGGAGCUAAUGGAGACCCUCAUACCUGUCAUAAACAAGCUGCAAGAUGUAUUUAAUACGGUCGGCGCAGACAUAAUUCAACUGCCGCAGAUAGUUGUUGUGGGAACUCAGAGCAGUGGGAAGAGUUCUGUAUUAGAGAGCCUGGUUGGCAGGGACAUCCUGCCACGUGGUACUGGCAUCGUCACACGCCGGCCCCUCAUUCUACAGUUAGUGCACAUCGAUCCAGAGGACCGCAGAAAAACCUGUGAAGAGAAUGGCAUCGAUGGAGAAGAAUGGGGCAAAUUCCUCCACACCAAGAACAAGGUCUACACAGACUUUGAUGAGAUCAGGCAAGAAAUUGAAGCAGAAACUGAAAGAAUUUCUGGCAAUAACAAGGGUAUUAGCGAUGAACCCAUUCACCUGAAAAUCUUCUCACCACAUGUUGUGAACCUCACAUUGGUGGAUCUUCCAGGCAUUACCAAAGUCCCUGUCGGGGACCAGCCUAGGGACAUAGAGCUCCAAAUGCGAGAACUGAUCCUCAAGUACAUUUCCAACCCCAACUCCAUCAUCCUGGCUGUGACUGCUGCCAACACAGAUAUGGCAACUUCAGAGUCCCUUAAAGUAGCCCGUGAGGUUGAUCCUGAUGGUAGGAGGACGCUAGCGGUGGUGACCAAGCUGGAUCUGAUGGAUGCUGGUACAGAUGCUAUGGAUGUGUUGAUGGGGAGAGUCAUUCCUGUCAAACUGGGCAUUGUUGGAGUCGUCAACAGGAGCCAGCUGGAUAUCAAUCAGAAGAAGUUGGUGGCAGAUUCUAUUCGUGAUGAAUACACCUUUCUACAAAAGAAAUACCCCUCCCUCGCAAACAGAAAUGGAACCAAAUACUUGGCCAGAACAUUGAACAGGUUACUGAUGCACCACAUCAGAGACUGUCUUCCUGAGCUGAAGACGAGGAUCAAUGUGCUGGCCACCCAGUACCAGUCUUUACUCAACAGUUACGGUGAAGCUGUCGAAGACAAGAGCGCCACAUUGCUACAGCUCAUCACCAAGUUUGCUGCAGAGUACUGCAACACCAUAGAGGGCACAGCCAAGUACAUUGAAACAACAGAACUAUGCGGUGGAGCAAGAAUCUGUUAUAUAUUUCAUGAGACGUUUGGUCGCACAUUGGAGUCAGUUGACCCUCUUGGUGGUCUAACAACCAUCGAUGUGCUCACAGCAAUCAGAAAUGCGACGGGCCCAAGGCCUGCUUUAUUUGUGCCAGAGGUUUCGUUUGAGUUGCUGGUGAAACGGCAGGUCAAGCGUCUAGAGGAGCCCAGUCUGCGUUGCGUGGAGCUGGUUCAUGAGGAGAUGCAGAGGAUCAUCCAGCACUGCAGCACUUACAGCACACAGGAGUUAUUGAGGUUUCCAAAGCUCCAUGAUGCCAUAGUAGAAGUGGUCACCUCGUUACUCAGAAAGAGACUCCCGGUUACCAAUGAAAUGGUUCAUAACCUUGUUGCCAUUGAGCUGGCCUACAUCAACACAAAGCACCCUGACUUUGCUGAUGCCUGUGGCCUCAUGAACAAUAACAUAGAAGAGCAGAGACGCAACAGAAUGAGAGAUCCGCCAUCUGCCAUUCCCAGAGACAAGGUACAAGCCGGGCACCCGGGUUUUUUUUUCUCUGUCAGUGAGCAGACAGACAGCGGGACGGGAAACUGGAGGGGCAUGGUGAAGAAGGGAGAGGAGGGUACGACUGGUGACAGGGCCGUCCCUCUGAAUCCACUCCCUGCAAGUCCACACAAGGGCCACGCUGUCAAUUUGCUAGAUGUGCCUGUUUCAGUGUCCAGGAAGUUGUCUGCUCGGGAACAAAGGGACUGUGAGGUCAUCGAGAGACUCAUCAAGUCGUAUUUUCUUAUCGUACGGAAAAACAUCCAAGACAGUGUACCGAAGGCGGUGAUGCACUUCCUGGUGAACUAUGUGCAAGACUGCCUGCAGAGUGAGCUGGUGGGUCAGUUAUACAAGACGGCCCUGCUGGAUGACCUGCUGACAGAGUCCGAGGACAUGGCUCAGAGGCGCAACGAGGCUGCUCACAUGCUCAAGGCAUUGCAGAAAGCCAGCCAGGUGAUAGCAGAGAUCAGAGAAACCCACCUGUGGUGAGGGCGGCCUCUCUUUAGUAAACUCUCCUCACCUCACGUUCCCCUUCAUCACCCUGCUGAGUCUCCCAGCACGUCAGGCUGCAGAGACGAACCACCUGAAACUCCACUGGUGUGGAUAUGGGUAUACAGAGUAGUUUUAAUGUACAGUAAGGACUUGGAUUCAGUGAAUGUCAGUACUUAUCACUGUUUCACCAUCACCAUCAGCAUCACACCUGCUCCUGUCCUGGAUUAUAAUUUUUUUUAUGUAAACCAAUAAAUACAUAGAUAAUGUUAUGCAUCAGCACUGUGUGGAGUCUUGCUGAAGAAUGGCUGCUUUUAAGUCAGAUUUGAAUUAAAGCUAAAAUGACAAACCCAUUUAAAUAUGCAGAUACUCUCUUAAUCAUUAGUGUCAACUGAUCAUUUUAAAAAAUGCAUUUCAUUAGAUAACUUUAUUGUGAAAACACCACACAGUUUUGACACAAUCCUCUGUUCGCUGUAAAAGACAGUAUUAUUUCUAUCUAGACAAGAAACAGUCAUAGAUCACAACUUUGUCACGUUUUCAUGAUCUUUUUCAACAAGACUUAGAGCUUUGAGUACCUUCAGUGAGCUGUUACUGAAUGGUUCUGGCUGUUUGAUUUGUUUUUUUGUAUGAUGGCACUGAUGUUGGAUAGUAUUACACAGCAUAAGAAAGGCAGCAAAGCACAUGCAAUGACGUAUUUAUUGUUCUGAUAUCAUGGCCAUGGUACACACACACACACACACACACACAGGCAAAUUACUGUGUCACAAUGUGCCUCAUCGUUGUCUGGUGGCUCCUUUACCACCGCCGGCUGGCCAUUGUGGCCUUAGCCGCAACCUUUAGCACUGAAAGGGUGUAGGAACAGCACAGCAGAUGGUGAGUUUAGGACAAGUGGAGGUCAUUUAGAUGCUGUUCAGCCAACAAGGUGGUGAACAGGGAGAAUUUUACCACAUAGAAAACAAAUCCCAACAAAGUGCAGUUAACCCAAGAUGAUGUGGAAAUAAAAAAAAAGGUUUCUGCAUUGAAGGAUUAAGAUUGUAAGUGCCAAGACCUUAACUGCUACACAGUAUGAUUUCCUAAGAGUUUUGACAUUGUUUCAGACUUUCUGCCAUUGUUGUGGUCAAAUAAAAAAUGAGAAUACGGAACAGAAUUUUUCUUCCUAAUGAG